ACUUGAGCAACUGAGCAAUGAAGGAAUGGGUGGGAAUUACCCUGAGCGCGGCAGCGCGCGACCGCCCAGACGGAAGCGGAAGUGUCGGUAGCGCGCGAGUAGGAAGUGGUGGUUCCUGGAGUAGAGAUGGCGGCUCUCGCUCCGCUGCCCCCUCUCCCCCCACAGUUUAAGAGUAUACAGCAUCAUCUGAGGACGGCUCAGGAGCAUGACAAGCGGGACCCCGUGGUGGCUUAUUACUGUCGUUUGUAUGCAAUGCAGACUGGAAUGAAGAUUGAUAGUAAAACUCCUGAAUGCCGUAAAUUUUUAUCAAAGUUAAUGGAUCAGCUAGAAGCGCUCAAGAAACAGUUGGGUGAUAAUGAAGCCAUUACUCAAGAAAUAGUUGGUUGUGCCCAUUUGGAGAAUUAUGCUUUGAAAAUGUUUUUGUAUGCAGACAAUGAAGAUCGCGCUGGGCGAUUUCACAAAAACAUGAUCAAGUCCUUCUAUACCGCAAGUCUUUUAAUAGAUGUCAUAACAGUGUUUGGAGAACUCACUGAUGAAAAUGUGAAACACAGGAAAUAUGCAAGGUGGAAGGCAACAUAUAUUCAUAAUUGUUUAAAGAAUGGGGAGACCCCUCAAGCCGGCCCUGUUGGAAUUGAAGAAGAUAAUGACCCUGAAGAAAAUGAAGAUGCCGGAGCAGCCUCUCUGCCCACGCAGCCCCCUCAGCCAUCAUCAUCUUCAGCUUACGACCCAAGCAACAUGCCAUCGGGCAACUACACUGGAAUACAGAUUCCUCCCGGCGCACACGCUCCUGCGAAUACCCCAGCAGAAGUGCCUCACAGCACAGGUGUAGCGAGCAGUGCUAUCCAGCCUACUCCACAGAGUCUUCCUGCUAUUGAUCCCACACUUUUCAGUACAAUUUCCCAGGGGGAUAUCCGUCUAACCCCGGAGGACUUUGCUAGAGCUCAGAAAUACUGCAAAUAUGCCGGCAGUGCUUUGCAGUAUGAGGAUGUAAGCACUGCUGUACAGAAUCUGCAAAAGGCCCUCAAGUUACUGACAACAGGCAGAGAAUGAAGCCUUUGUACAAGAAGUUCCAUGUAUUUUUGGCGUAAGAAACUAAUGGUCCCUUUGCCUAUCAGGAUGAGUUUUAAGAAGACUUCAGUGCUACUGAAAAUGACAGUGCAGCCUGUAAAUAUCAGAUUCCUAUUGAAGCAUUCAUCAUCAGCCUCAACCAGUUUGUACCGUGCAUUGGUGGAUCCUAUCAUCUCUGGGUAUAUAGAGCUGAUGGUAGCAAGACCUUUAAAGUGCCCAUUGAACCCUACUUCAAAAAAUGAAAACAUACCUCUAUAAAAUGUACAUUGGAAAUAAGCUUUGUAUCUUAAUUUACAUAUUUUUUUUAAUCUGUAGUGUUUGGAUGAACAGACCAUACUACUUUGCUUUAAAAUUCUAAAUUUAACUUCUAAUAAAGAUUGCCAGAAUAUUCUAGAUUAGAGAUAUGUUUUUGUUUUUUCAAGACAUAAAACAUACAGAAACCUCCUAAACUAAGGCAUGUUCAAAAUUCAGUGUAUUUCAUAUUGAAUAUAACUACAUUAAAAGUUUAAGAUUUUAUGGAAGAAAAUACAAUAAGGUAAAGAAGUAGGAUCACUUUGAGACUUAAAAUUGUUGGUUCCCCAACUGCUUUCUCUUAUCCAUUCAAGUUUAAGGUGAAUUGGUAUUUGCUUCGUAGGCAGUUUGACUGCAUGUAUUAGAGAAUGUGAAGAUACUUAUAGUAAUGCCUAGAAACUUGGUGCUUUAAGUUAAGGUUUUCCUGACUCCUUUGGAAUAGAUUCCACAGCGUGCAUAGCUGUGAAUGAUGCAGAAGAUUAUAAGACUUGAGAUUUUAUGUUUUUCAUUUCUGUGGGGAAUAAAGUACUUACUAUGUCGCCUGCAUUUGUGCUGUGUGCAAAAUAAAUUACAAAGGUUCUUUUUACUAGUUCAGCUUAAUACAGAGCCAAAUGUCUGUCUUAAUUUGCAUGCUAAACUGUCAUUUUUUUUUUAAGUCAUUAUUUUUAGCUACAAGAAUAUGGAUGUUUCUGUAUAGUCAAAGAGGGGUUUUUUAUAAGGUAAAUUUGAUAGUUUACUUGUAAUUUAAUUAAUUUACCUGGUCCAUUUCAUUCAGGCCACUAAGAUUAAAAUCAUCUAACUACAGAGUCAGCAAGCCAUGGCCCACACCUGGCCACCUAUUGUGAAAAUAAAGUUUAUAGGAACAAAACCUUACCCAUUCAUUUAUGUUUUGUCUAUGGCUGCUUUCUACAACUAUUGAAUAAUAUGACUUGCAAGUCUAAACUAUUUACUAGCUAGCCCUUGAAGAAUAAGUUUACUGACACCUAGUCUUCGGUAAAAACUGAAUCACUAACUCAUAAGUAUAAAUUUUUCUCUGUAUAAAUGUAAUGCUAUUGUACAGGGUUUGGUAGAAUGAAUAUUCAGGCUGAAUGAACUGUUCUAAAUUAUCACAAAAAACAACCCUCGUAAAAACAUUUUCAUAUCUUUUACAAGAUACGUGAACAUUUGUAGGGUUCACAAUUUGCACGUAGAAACAGUGGCUGUCUAGAACAUUUUUAGGAAACUGGCUAGGAUGAGCUUUAAUGUUACAAGAGGUAAGUAUAGAUCAGCACAGUUUAAUCCAAGCCUUAAUGUCUAGACAGUAAAUAGCAAACUCAUUACCUAUUUCCCACCCUGCCUGUUGGCUCCCAACUGGGAGAGUACAUAAGGGGAAGGAGACACUAUGGAAGCUGUGGAGUCCACUGACAGUGGGCUGUGUGGUGUAACAGCUCUUCCCUGUAUAGCCUGACACCAUUAGCCACCUCAGAGAUUGUUAGAGAACUAAAUGAGAUACAGGACAUGGAGUGCUUAGCACGAGGUAGCAUUCCAUAAAUGUUCACUGUUGAUAUUAAUGCUGUAAUAAUAGUGUAAAUUGUUAAUAAUUUAUUUCCCAGAUAUCAGGAAAUCUCCAUUGUCUCUGUGGCCCAGUGCUUAAAAAUGCUUUCUUGCAUGAGGUGACUAAACUAUGUAAUGUUUUUUAACUUUGUAUUUGUAUUUUUUCAUAUAAAAUUUGAUGAUAAAAUUAGGAGACAUGUUCUGAUGUAACUCUAGGACAAGCAGUUUUCAUCUAUUCAUUUAACGUGUAUUUAUUGGACAACUGUUGUGCCUAGUACUGUUCUUUGCAAGAGGAAAUGGCAGAAAACAAGAAGAAGAUCCGUGCCUCAGUGUUUACAUUCGAACAGGGAGGAAACAGACAACCUUAAUAGAAAAUAUUAGAUGUAAAUACAGACAGGUUUUGGGUGGAAGAGUAGCCUGAUAUGACUUACCUUUUAAAUGGAUUCUGUCAAGGACUCUCUGAGACUAGACCACAGGGAGGGUAAGGUUAGAAGCUAAGAAACCAGUUAGCACACUGACUGCCAUGCUAGAAAAAGCAAGCCUUUUUCCUUGGGGCCACUGUUUUAUUACACAGUUCCCAAGGUAGCGACAUGAAUUUUACAUGCCUCACAAGGCCCUGGGCUCAAAACUAGCCUGAGUUAAAUACUUACAUGGCAGUUAAUGCAAUAAAAUACCGUUCCAUUAAUAAAGGUGAGGUGUUAUGAUGACUUAGAGCAGGGGUAACCUCAGAGAUAAUAAGAUGUAAUUGGUUUCUGGCUCUUCUUUUAAGUAGAGCCCUAGUAUUUCUGUAAACCAGAUAUGAGGUUUGAACGUAGGAAGAGUUAGGGUUGACUCCCAAGUCUUUAGCCUGAACGCCUAAAGGGAAGGAAUGAAUAGUCAUUUAUUGCAGGGGAAAGUUGCCAGUUCUCCAGGCAUUUUGGUUCAAGUACAAUGUUCCCAUGUUCCUUUGACCAUCCCAACUCAGUGUUUUGUCAGUGUGACGGCGGGGGGGGGGGGGGGGAAUAAGAUAGAGUUCUGUUUAUAAUGAUUGCCAAGAUAUCUCACCAAAUUACUGCUGAACUGCAGCUACAAGCCAAGAAAAGUUCCCAUGGAUAGCACAGCCAAGGAACUUUACAGGCGUCAAAUUAACACCAAGAAAAAGGCUCUGGUUAUGGGUCUCGAAAAGUAAUUUCCUUGGAUGUUCAUAGAAUGAAUUUACGUACAACUUGUACUUCUAAAAAUUUGAGGUUUCUGUGUAAGCAUUUGUAUGCUUGGCUGGGUGCAAUGGCUCAGGCCUGUAAUUUCAGUACUUCUGGAGGCUGAGAUGAGAGGAUCACUUAAGACCUAGUGUUUGAGACCAGCCUGGCCAACACAGAAAGAUCCCAUCUCAACAAAACUUUAAAUAUUAGCUGAGCGUGGUGGCAUGCAGCUGUCAUAGCUACGUGAGAGGUAGAGCCAAGAGGAUAACUUGAGCCACAGAGUUGGAAGUUGCCCUGAGCAGAGGUCACACCACUGUACUCCAACCCACGUGAUAGAGACCCUGUCUCCGGACAACAACAAAAAAGCUAUACCGUUUUAUUCUAAAGAAGCUUACACUCUAGUAGCAUUCUCACAAAUAUUUUCAACUCUGAAAGAACAGAGUGGAGUUGCAGGGUUUUGGUUAUCUGCAUGGCUUCCUCUCUUUAACCACCUCUAUUUUUUAACUACACCAAAGCAAUAGAAUCAGAUCCUCUAAUCUGGCCCAACAAACCUCCAUCAGAAAAGUUCUGUUCUUCAAAGAGAUCACAGAACUUUUAAGACAUCUUUCAGAUGGAAAUCCUCUUGCCUGCUUAAUUGUAAUUUUUGAUGUCUGUGUGAAAUCGUGUGACUGCAGGCUUAUACAUAAGUAGGACUACCUCCAAGUAAGCAAUACUUUAAUAAUAGUGAAUAUAAUAGCUAGCAUUUGAGUGCUUACUGAGUAUUUAACAUAUAUUAAUUCAUUUAAUCCUGCCAGUGGUCCUGAGAGAUGGAUUCAAUCACCAGUGUUUUACAGAUGAGGAAACUGAGCCCCAAAGUAAUAAAUAAAUUAGCCUAAGUUUCAUAGCUAAUAUUUAUUUCUAAGCUCAGACUGCCUAUUUCAGACCGUAAGAAACAUCAUCCAUGUGAUCAGUUAUCAGACACAUUACUGUGAGUACAGUGAGAUAAUGUGAGUUCCACAUUAUCAAGAUCACUGGACAGUUUCUAGGAUAAGUGGGAGGUGUAGUAACUAGAUUUUUCUCUUAUCUGACCUGUAAGUUCCAACUAACUGUGAUAACUAGACUGUAAACACGGGGCAUGAACUUGAAAAUGUCAUUGCACCUUCAGUAUUUGGGACACACAUGGAACUAUGGCUUGAAAUCAAGUCUGGGACAAAUAAUGGUCUAUAUAAUGGAUUAAUAGUCUGUUGGAUAGGAUGUCCUGCAUCAUUAGAGUCCUGGCUUUCUUGGAUGUCCCCAUUUUUCCCUUUUUAUUUAAAUAUCAUUUCUGUUGUUUCUAAUUAGAUAGCCUUCACCUUCACUAAAUCAGACUGGGAUGUGGACUUCGAUAUAAAAUUAACAAUGUUAUUAAGUAUUUUCUGAAUUAAAUUUCUACCUGGUAAGUCUGUCACGAGAGUCCCUGUCUCUUCAGAAACCAAGUGUGGGGGAAAGAGAUGAUUGCACAGCAGGAUUCUGUGAAUGUAACUUCAUGGAGAACUAGCUUGAGAGUUCAGCAAUAUUGGGAGAUCUUGUAAAAUAUUAAGUGAUUCAUAUGGUCAGAAUUACUAUUUAUUGAGCACUUACCCUCAAAAGUUUAAUGUGAUAAGUCAGAGAAGGCCUCACCGAGGAGGUUGAGCUGAAGGUUUGCCAAGCAGAGAAGCAAGGAGAAGUGAGCAGAGAGAAAAGUAUGAGCAACACCCCGGGGGGUGGGGGGGGGGGGAAAUUUCAGGGGAGCCAAGUAACUUAGUGUUGCCGUGCAGAGAGCCCACAGAGACCAGGAGUUAGAAAUGUGAGAUUGCGUAGGUGGGAGGUGUUAUAGACUGAAUUGUGCCCCCUUUAAAAUUCAGAAUUUGCAAUAGUGACCUCCAAUGUGACUGAAUUUGGAGAUGCCACCUUUAGGGAGGCAGUUAAAGUUAAAUGAGGUAAUAAAGGUGGGACCCUAAUUCUACAGGACUAGUGUCCUCAGGGCAAGAACCAGAGCCAGCAAAGCUCAUUCACUCUAUGCCUGUACAGAGAAGAGGCUGGGUGAGGACACAGAGAGGCUCGAAUGUGCUGGGAACCUUGUUGGUCACCUGCUUUAAUGGUACUUGGGGAAUUGUUUCAUGUUUUUGACCCCUGGGCUGUUGUUUGUAUUGUGGAAUGGGAGACGCUCGGAGAAGGAAGAAGGGCAUUUGGAUUUAUCUACUGUGCAAUGUUUAUAUACUUUGUUUCUAAUGCUUUCUGUAUAAAAGCAGUAGUGCCCUGCUAGCAGCAGUAACUUGGCAACAUUUCUCUUAGUAUUUACCUUGUCACUUUAUAUAAGUUAAACUUUAUUGACAUGUAUCUCCUGCAUUAGAUGCUAAGCUCCUUGAUUCAGAGUAUUAUUUAUACAUCUGUGAAUCCCUACUACUUUGCAUGAAGCCUGGUACAUUCUGCGUAUCCCUAACUGGUGGAAUUAAUAGUUGAAUGGGUGAAAAUAUACUAAAAUCAUCAAAUAAAGAAUUACAUGCAGAAA